AACACUGGUAUAGACUAUAGAUCCUCUCAGUAUAGCCAGUGAUGUCUGUGCUCAUGACCAUAACAAAGCAACAACGCCAGAGUGGCUUCCAGCCCGGUUUGAAGUUCUUGGAGGGCAGAAACGCGCUGAAGCUGCUGCGUGCGUGGGUCCUGCAUUCAUUAAUUCAGCGAAGUCUCGCGGUGUUCACUUAACCUCUCUCAGACAUCUUGCGUUUCUCAGACCGCUUCGAAUCUGCUACACGCACGAGCAGAAACGCAGCAAAAUCCCAUCCAGCAUCGCUCGAUCGCCAUCACACCUUCACAUGCGGGGCUGAACUGAGUUUGCGCGUUCGAGACACUCAGAGAGGAUCGCGUGCGGCGUUAUUUUCGUAUUGUGCGUAAUUUCUGCAUUUCUGCGCGUUUCCACCCAGGCAAUAUGGCAACACCCGCCGCUGUAAACCCAUCGGAAAUGGGCACGGAUCUGCCGGGGCCGGUGGCCAUGCUGGGCGCUGUGGUGGGCGCGGGUCAGGUCAGGAUGGCGGGAGCCAUGCCGGGGCGAGGAGGCAAGCGGAGAUCAGCGGGGAUGGACUUUGAUGACGAGGACGGCGAGGGACCCAGCAAAUUUUCAAGGUAUGACGAUGAUCAGAUUCCCGGUGAUAAGGAGCGUUAUGCCAGAGAGAACCACAGUGAGAUUGAGCGUCGCCGGCGUAAUAAGAUGACCCUGUACAUCACAGAGCUGUCGGACAUGGUGCCCACCUGCAGUGCGCUAGCCAGGAAACCAGACAAGCUCACCAUCCUGCGCAUGGCCGUCUCACACAUGAAGUCCAUGAGGGGAACGGGGAACACGUCAACUGACGGCGCUUACAAACCCUCCUUCCUGACUGAACAGGAACUGAAGCACUUGAUUCUGGAGGCGGCUGAUGGCUUCCUGUUCGUGGUGGCGGCUGAGACGGGUCGCGUUAUCUACGUGUCCGAUUCUGUCACUCCCGUUCUGAACCAUCCGCAGUCCGAGUGGUUUGGCAGCACGCUCUUUGAGCAGGUCCAUCCGGAUGACGUGGACAAACUGAGGGAACAGCUGAGCACAUCUGAGAACUCGAUGACAGGGCGUAUUCUGGACCUGAAGACUGGGACGGUGAAGAAGGAAGGACAGCAGUCCUCUAUGAGAAUGUGUAUGGGCUCCAGACGUUCCUUCAUCUGCAGAAUGAGGUGUGGCAGUGCUCCACUGGAUCAUAUCUCACUGAAUCGGUUGUCCAGCAUGAGAAAGAGAUACAGGAAUGGUCUUGGGCCGUCUAAGGAGGGGGAGGCGCAGUACUCCGUUGUGCACUGUACCGGCUACAUCAAGGCCUGGCCACCAGCGGGCAUGACCAUUCCGGAUGAAGACACGGAAGCAGGUCAAACCAGCAAAUACUGCUUGGUUGCGAUUGGAAGACUGCAGGUGACCAGCUCACCAGUUUCCAUGGAUAUGAACGGACUCUCUGUGCCGACGGAGUUCCUUUCCCGCCACAACUCAGAUGGCAUCAUCACUUUUGUGGACCCUCGUUGCAUCAACGUGAUUGGCUAUCAGCCUCAGGAUCUUCUUGGCAAAGACAUUUUGGAGUUCUGCCACCCGGAGGACCAGAGCCACCUCCGAGAGAGCUUCCAACAGGUGGUCAAGCUGAAAGGGCAGGUUCUCUCAGUCAUGUACCGCUUCCGGAUGAAGAACCGAGAGUGGAUGCUCAUCAGAACCAGCAGCUUCACCUUCCAGAACCCUUAUUCAGACGAGAUAGAGUACAUCAUCUGCACCAACACCAAUGUCAAGCAGCUUCAGCAGCAACAGCAGGCCGAGCUGGAGGUUCACCAGAGAGACGGACUGACUGCUUAUGACCUGUCACAGGUGCCGGUUGCCAGCAUCCCAGCCGGCAUUCACGAGGCGGGCAAAACCAUCAACAAAACUGAUUCGCUGUUCUCGCAGGAGAGAGACCCGCGCUUCAGCGACAUGUACACAGGCAUCUCUGGAUCUGAUAAGAAGAUGAUGGUGCCGUCCUCCACUGCUGGCGGCCAGCAGUUAUACUCUCAAGGCAGCCCGUUCCAGCCCGGACACUCCGGCAAGAGCUUCAGCAAUUGGCCCAAUGAGACUGCACUGUGGCCUGUGAAGCAGCGCCUGUAUAUUAAUAUCCUCACGUCUCCUGUCGUUCCACCACAGCAGCAGAUUCCCGCUCAGUCCAGUAAGGCCCAGGCCUCACCGUUCGGCAUGGGCUCCAGUCACAGCUACCAGGCCGACCCGUCCUCUUACAGCCCUCUGUCCAGCCCCGCCACCUCCUCGCCCUCUGGAAACGCCUACUCCAACCUGGCCAAUCGCAGCACUGCUUUCGAUGUGUCAGGUGAGAGCAGCCAGAGCGGAGGGCAGUUCCAGGGCCGGCCGUCUGAGGUCUGGUCUCAGUGGCAGAGUCAACACCACAGCCAGCAGGGAGGAGACCCGCAUCCUCAUCCUCAGUCCAGCCAGACCGAGGUCUUCCAGGAUAUGCUGCCGAUGCCGGGAGAUCCCACCCAAGGAACAACCAAUUACAACAUCGAAGACUUUGCCGACCUCGGCAUGUUCCCGCCGUUCUCUGAGUAAUCGGAGACUCUUUUGUUUGUUUUGGUUCGGACUGCAGUAUCUUCAUCUCACAUGUGACACACGUGACGCUGCUGAAACACAUUUCUGCAUUCACACACACACACACACACUUGGCUUAAUUCCUCAUUCACAAACAAAAGAGCAAAAUAAAUAUGUGAACCUGCAUCACAAAACCAGUCUUAAGCCGCUGGGGUCUAUUUGUAGCAAU